UCUCCGGAGCUUGCGCUAGGGUCUUCUCUGCGCCUCCGACUUAGACGCAGGUCUUGGAAGCGAGCAGGGGAGAAGGCAUCGUUGCCGGAGCUGAGACCGGGCGGCCAGAGAGUCCGCAGGGAUGAACCUCGAGUUGCUGGAGUCCUUUGGGCAGAACUAUCCAGAGGAGGCUGAUGGAACUUUGGAUUGUAUCAGUAUGGCCCUGACCUGCACCUUUAACAGGUGGGGCACACUGCUUGCAGUUGGCUGUAAUGAUGGCCGAAUUGUCAUCUGGGAUUUCUUGACAAGAGGCAUUGCUAAAAUAAUUAGUGCACACAUCCAUCCAGUCUGUUCUUUAUGCUGGAGUCGAGAUGGUCAUAAGCUCGUGAGUGCUUCCACUGAUAAUAUAGUGUCACAGUGGGAUGUUCUUUCAGGCGACUGCGACCAGAGGUUUCGAUUCCCUUCACCCAUCUUAAAAGUCCAAUAUCAUCCACGAGAUCAGAACAAGGUUCUCGUGUGUCCCAUGAAAUCUGCUCCUGUCAUGUUGACCCUUUCAGAUUCCAAACAUGUUGUUCUGCCGGUAGAUGAUGACUCCGAUUUGAACGUGGUGGCAUCUUUUGAUAGGCGAGGGGAAUAUAUUUAUACAGGAAAUGCAAAAGGCAAGAUUUUGGUUCUGAAAACAGAUUCUCAGGAUCUUGUUGCUUCCUUCAGAGUAACAACUGGGACAAGCAAUACCACGGCCAUUAAAUCAAUUGAAUUUGCCCGGAAAGGGAGUUGCUUUUUAAUUAACACAGCAGAUCGAAUAAUCAGAGUUUAUGAUGGCAGAGAAAUCUUAACCUGUGGAAGAGAUGGAGAGCCUGAACCCAUGCAGAAAUUGCAGGACUUGGUGAAUAGGACCCCAUGGAAGAAAUGUUGUUUCUCUGGGGAUGGGGAAUACAUAGUGGCUGGUUCUGCCCGGCAGCAUGCCUUGUACAUCUGGGAGAAGAGCAUUGGCAACUUGGUGAAGAUUCUCCAUGGCACGAGAGGAGAACUUCUCUUGGAUGUAGCUUGGCAUCCUGUUCGACCCAUCAUAGCAUCCAUUUCUAGUGGAGUGGUAUCUAUCUGGGCACAAAAUCAAGUGGAAAACUGGAGUGCAUUUGCACCAGACUUCAAAGAAUUGGAUGAAAAUGUAGAAUAUGAGGAAAGGGAAUCAGAGUUUGAUAUUGAAGAUGAAGAUAAGAGUGAGCCUGAGCAGACAGGGGCUGAUGCUGCAGAAGAUGAGGAAGUGGAUGUCACCAGUGUGGACCCCAUUGCUGCCUUCUGUAGCAGUGAUGAAGAGCUGGAAGAUUCAAAGGCUCUAUUGUAUUUACCCAUUGCCCCUGAGGUAGAAGACCCAGAAGAAAAUCCUUACGGCCCCCCACCGGAUGCAGUCCAAACCUCCUUGAUGGAUGAAGGGGCUAAUUCAGAGAAGAAGAGGCAGUCUUCAGCAGAUGGGUCCCAGCCACCAAAGAAGAAACCCAAAACAACCAAUAUAGAACUUCAAGGAGUACCAAAUGAUGAAGUCCAUCCACUACUGGGUGUGAAGGGGGAUGGCAAAUCCAAGAAGAAGCAAGCAGGCCGGCCUAAAGGAUCAAAAGUUAAUAUUUCACAGCAGUCCAUUUAAGGAUGUCCCUCAGAGGUUGAACAGCUUCUAUGGAAUAAUCAGGGAAGUGUUCAUUCGAUUUUACUAUUUAGGAUAUUAUUUAUUGUCAACAUUUCACCAUAUUUGGGAUUCUAAGGUGAUAAGGAUGUCAGUCACUUAAGGAACAGCAGGGCUUGGAAAAGGGUUUCUUGCUCACUGUUAAUCAUUUAGUUACUAAUAGUCUAAUAUAUUAAAGGCUAAAGGUGUAGUACUCUGAAUUUCCUUUCCUCUACUUAUUACACUUUGGGGGUUGCUAAGCAUUAUUUGUGACCAUCUUAGAGAAUGACUAGCAGCUUAGAAAAUGUAUGCACGGAGAACACUGAUUGGGGGUAGGGGUUUGGAAUUUGAAUUCUUUGUUGUUUCAAUAAAGAUUAAUUGGGAGUUGGAGUUGGUUUUAAUUUUUCUUAUAAAGGGGGAACUCUUGGUCCAUGUGUACUUGUAAUGCAUUAUCCAGCAUCCAUCAUUAUUUCUGUUCUUAUAAAUAACUAGUUUAAGUAGAUUCUAAAAGAAAACUUUUGUAUCUAAUCUCUUUAGCAGGAGGAGCAAUCUCAGAAUUGUUAUGAAGAUCCUUGAAGUUCUUCGUUCUUCUCCGCUUUGCCAUCAUGUGGCCUCUGGACACUGUGGUCAGUCAUUUGAGAUUGACUUUAAUUUAAAACAAAGGCCUCUGCAUCCCACCCAGGAGGUGGGAGGAGUGAAAUUUAUAUUUGAAUGAAGAAGUGAAUUAUGGAAGAAGAGUAUAUGUCCCUUACCUUCCCUUUCAAGCAUAAGUCCAAAUAGGCUCUCAGGAAUGAGGAUUUGUGAAGACAUCAAAUAGGGGUUUUGAUUCAUUUAAACUUUGAUGCUUAUUUAUGUUGCUGGAGAAAAGCGUUUUGCUCAUCUAACUUUAUCAUUCCAGCAUCAUACCAAACUGACGCUUAGUUAUGUUGCUGGAGAAAAGCGUUUUGCUCAUCUAACUUUAUCAUACCAGCAUCAGUUUGACUGUCAUUUCCUAUCUCCUGUAGCCUUCCAUCCUCAAUGCAUGUAGUCGAGUGACUUGUUCAUAUCUGAAAUUUUGCUACCAAUAUCCCAGGGAAACUUCUGUUGCAAAUUCUCUUUCUUUCAUUUUUUAAACUUACCUUCUUGCAAGAUAUCCCCUAUAUUUCCAUACUGCAUACAAAGGAUGGGCAGAAAAGAAGGUGCUUGAAUGAUUUCAAAAUUUCAGAAAGGCAAGAAAGAUAAGAAGGCUCCCCUUUUCCUACCAUAUCACAUUUUGCUCAAGAAGCUGAGCUGCAAGAGAUCCAGGGUUUUUCCUGUUUUCCUUUCAUUGCAUGUUUCCCUUCAGUUUUGGUUCAUUGUCAUUAAUCAUGGUUUUUGAAGAUAGCUAGUUUACUAGCUAUCUUUAGUAAAAGAUAGUAAAACUAGCUAGUUUUACUAUCCAUCUCUAGUAAAGAAUCAUCAGUAGUUUAUAUUGCUUUAUUGGUGGUGGCUUUCAGAGAUGGAUACAAACCAACAUGUUACUCAACAAGCUUCUUUUUUAUUGGGGUGGGGGAAUCUAUGCAAGGACUAAGGUAAAACUGUCCAAAAUCAAAGCAGCAACAGCACAGUUCAAAUCAAAGAUCAAGGUGAAAUUUUUUUUUAUCAUUGCCUGUGGAAAUCUAUCCUCAUUAGUCAUUGCAUUUUUCCCUUUUUAUAUCUUUAUUCCUUUUUAUAUGUUUUCAGUCACUUCCUUUCUGUGAAAGGUUGCUAGGUUUUUUUGCCUUUUUCCCCCCUGCUUUUUGCUGUUCUUUAGAUAGAAAGAUUGGAUAGACGUGUACAUUAGGUGUUUGAAAUUCACUGAAAAUUUAGUCAGGAAGUCAGCUACUCAGUAGCCUCCCUGAAUAGAGCUUUUAGUUGACCAGAAGUGCUUAACUUGGAUCAUCAUUUUCUCAGUAUUUUCAAGGAAUAAUUUAAAUAUUGUCCUUAUUGUGAAAUCUAUAUCAGUUGGUGGAUGCUCCUAUAGGUAGCCAAACACACUGAUUACCUUUAGAUUUUAGGAUAGAAUUCAAAGUAGAGCACAUCAGUAAGAGCCUCUUUCUCUCAUUCCAUCUUUUAGAACCAGUGUAUUAAGUAGUUGAAGAAAGAGCUCUCUCUGAGUCAGUUUCAAAAUGUCUGUACUUUUAGAUGGUAUUACUUUUUCCUUAAAUGCUCAUUUUGUGCAUUUCAUACAAGUUAGACCAGUGAUUGAGAUUGAUAGAUGACUCACUUGACAUGUUUUUGUUUUACAGACAUAACCCAUUCCAGUUUUCUUUGUACUCUACCCUGCAGUAGUAUGCAAACUGUGUGAUACAAGGGUUUCUGCCUUAUUUCUGUGUGUGGUUUCCUCUGCCUGUACAUUUGGAUGUUUAUGCUAUAUCCACCUCCUAAACUAGCUACUGAGAAAAGCCACUUAAGCCCUGUCAGAUUAUCUCUGGCAAUAGCUCCUAAUAAUUAUUUAUGCUUUGAGAAAUUUGUUUUCAGCUCCUAAAACCUUCUAUCCAUUUCAGUUUGACUUUCCUGAUUUGUACAAUAUAUGUAUAUUCUCUUCCUUUUUGUCUCUUCCCCACUCCCCCAUUGUUUGGUUUUUUAAAAUGUUCUGUAGUUUUGUACAAGAUGAGACAUAGCCUUGGGUAUUUCUUGCUGAAGCUUUUAUGCUUUGUAAAUAAAAUCGGAUGUUUAUUAAAGAACAGGUGUAGGUGUUUAUUUGUAAACACUGCUCACUUCUGGGACUCACCAGCUGCUCUGCUUUUGUACAGAGGAAAAUGUGGCUUACUGUGGUGAUAUAAAAUCUUUCUGUGUGGAAUAUAGAUCUGCAGUGGGUAGGGAUGGUCAGGC